AUGAGCCAACGCAGGAUCAUCAAGCAGGCCAAUAAGCACCCGAGCCUGAUCCCCCUGUUCGUGUUCAUCGGAGGGGGUAGAAUGGGAGGGCACCGGGGCCAUGCUGUACUGAUGCGCCUGGCUCUCUUCAACCCGGCUGUCAGCUGGGACAGAAAGAAUAACCCAGAGGCUUGGAACAAAAUGAAUCCCACCGAUCAGCACAAGUCCUAUUCAGGGAAUGUGGAUUAUAGCAAACUGAAGAAAGAAGGCCCAGAAUUCUAA